AUGAAAAUUUUGCUUUUUCUUUUCCAACUUAUUUUGGCAAGUUAUAAUUCUAUUCGUUGCGUCGCAUUGGAACUCAAAUGCUCUGGCUCAACGUUUUCUUACCGUUUUCACGGUGGCUGCGUUCGUGCAUACCGAACUUUGGGAAAGCAGGAUUUGAAUUUUAACGGUGUCUGCAAUUUAUCACUUUCGGAACUGCGUCCGCCGAGGAUUCGAGAAGGAGAAUGCGGAAAUACCGCCAAAAAUCAGGAAAACGGAGGUCUUCAAUGGACAAAUCGAGUCACGAAUGAGCUCUUGGGAAUUGACGAAACUUUGACUUGCCGACAAGGCCCUUCUGAUGGUGUUUUUGCGCCUUCUGUGGAAAGCCAAACUCGCGAAUUCCGCUGGAACUCCUUGAAAGGAAAAUUUGAAAUUAUCAAUGCUUUUGGAAUGGCUGUUUGUUCAAGAGAGACCUUCGAUUUUUCGAAUUCAAAAGAUUUGGUAGACAAAAGAAAGAGAAAAAAGAAGAGGAAGUGA